GGAGAAAUAGGAUGAGUAUAGCCGAACUGGCAUGCAUGGGAACAUGGGCGCAACAAGGAUUUGGCAGGGCCCGCGGUGCUGAUGAUUCCGGCGAUGACAUGCCAGCUAUCUCACGUCAGGAGGCUCUUCAGGCGGCACUAUUGCUAAUGACCCACACCAAACAGAUACAUUCCUCUUUUGCAUGGAAGAUGGAAGUCAUUUUGGGUCAGUUCAGAUGCAAGACCCACCACCAAGUUCAGUCAUUACUCCGCAGCAGUACGCUUGAUUCAUGCUUCAAAAAGGUUGUGUAGAGGGGCUUGAUAUAUACAUAAUCUCAAUGUUUAGACCUUAUCACGGUUCCAACUGUAUGCUCUCUUGUAUGGGUGGUUGGUGCGAUGGAGAAGCACAGGUAUCGGCUGUGAUUGUUCAUGCAGGCGUGGUCAGGUGGGAAACAUUAA